AGGAAUAAUGAAGGGCUUACUGGUCAGAGUAAUUAACGUAACUAACGGAGAAAAUGAAGGGCUCUGGUCAAAGUAAAAGUCUUAUAGAUCUCUACAGAUCCCACCACUGAAAGGACCAUUUUGAUUCUUCCAUCAAAUUUCUCUCGACGUCCGGCGGAUUUUGAGGAAGUGGAGAGCAAAAGGUCCGUCUUUUUCUUUCGAUUUUUGAUGCUUAUCCGUUAAGAUUCUCCUCCGAUAUCUCAGGGUCCUUCCGAUCAAUUUCGAGCUUUGGGUUUCUCAAUUUCGAUGAUGGCUUGAUUUUAGCAACUAUGGAGAGCUUCUGGCAACUGGGUGAUGAGCUCCGAGGUCAGUCAAGAGCAUCAGAGGAUCACAAGUGGUCCACUGUUGCUACAAAGUUAGCUGAGCAGACUAGGAUGAAAGGGGAGAGGACGAACAACCUUGAUCUCUCCAAAAGCUACUCUGAGUUCAGACCAAGCGACAAGUUUAGUUUCCAGGAGAACAACAACCUCAACUUCAACAUGAAUCUGAUGCAGGGCAAUGUUUACAACAACAUGAAUGGAUUUAAAAGUGGAGGCAACAUGAAAGUUAACAAGUACAUUGGCAAUGUUGUUGCUAACAAAGAGAUGAGCAAUGAUAGUGUUGUUGACAAGAGGUUUAAAACGCUGCCUGCAUCAGAGACGCUUCCGAGGAAUGAAGUUCUUGGCGGGUACAUCUUUGUUUGCAACAAUGAUACCAUGCAGGACGACUUGAAACGUCACCUAUUUGGUUUACCUCCGAGAUAUAGGGACUCUGUAAGGGCUAUAACACCUGGGUUGCCUCUGUUUCUUUACAAUUACACUACUCACCAGUUGCAUGGUAUCUUCGAGGCAACAACUUUUGGAGGUACUAACAUUGAUGCCACUGCUUGGGAAGACAAAAAGUGCAAAGGAGAGUCUAGAUUUCCAGCUCAGGUAAGGAUCAGAGUGAGGAAAAUAUGCAAAGCCUUGGAAGAGGAUUCUUUCAGGCCUGUUCUUCACCAUUAUGAUGGUCCAAAGUUCCGCCUUGAGCUCACUGUUCCCGAGGUAACAUUGGAUCUGCUAGAUCUCUGUGAACAAGCUGGCUCUCCAUAAGCCGGGGAUCAACCUUUGCAAUACCACGUUGCUAAGUUUGUCUGAAACGGCGAAACCUAUCUAAAUAUAUAUAUGCAUAUUACCAUAAGAGCGUAAGCUUUUGGGGUUUAGUUAAGAGUCUAGUUCAAAUGUAUGGUUUACUAAGAAGCGACUAUUCUCAGUUCUUGUUGUGUCUAGUGUGUGAGUUUGUCUGUGUCUGUAAGAGUCUUGAUAACCCUUUUGAGACGAUGAUUUAUGUAGAGAGAAAGUAAAAGAUCAAAUAACAGAGCCAAACCAGUGGUAUAAGAAAAAAACAAAUAUUCUAAAUGAUAAGUUCUUUACUUUUUAAGGAA